UGGCUCCUCCCGCGCCGUCAGCAUCGCCUGUCCCCAUUCCCCAUCUUUCCGACCGGGAGGGAGGCGGGGCCGGCCGCGUCUCCAUGGCGACGCGGGACGCGGCGGUGGAGGCGGUUGCUACCCACCUGCUAGAAGCGCUGCGGCUGGGAUCCAGGCUGGGUCGAGACCAUGUCGGACCUGGGCUCGGAGGAGUUGGAGGAGGAGGGAGAGAAUGAUAUUGGGGAAUAUGAGGGGGGUCGGAAUGAGGCAGGCGAAAGGCACGGACGUGGGAGGGCACGGCUACCCAACGGGGACACCUACGAAGGGAGCUACGAAUUCGGUAAAAGACAUGGCCAGGGGAUCUACAAAUUUAAAAAUGGUGCUCAAUAUAUCGGAGAAUAUGUUAGCAAUAAAAAGCACGGUCAAGGCACUUUUAUAUAUCCAGAUGGAUCCAGAUAUGAAGGAGAGUGGGCAAAUGACCUGAGGCACGGCCAUGGCGUAUACUACUACGUCAAUAAUGACACCUACACCGGAGAGUGGUUUGCUCACCAAAGGCACGGGCAAGGUACCUAUUUAUACGCGGAGACGGGCAGUAAGUAUGUUGGCACCUGGGUGAACGGACAGCAGGAGGGCGCGGCCGAGCUCAUUCACCUGAACCACAGGUACCAGGGCAAGUUCUUGAACAAAAAUCCUGUUGGCCCUGGAAAGUAUGUAUUUGAUGUUGGGUGUGAACAACAUGGUGAAUAUCGUUUAACAGAUACGGAAAGAGGAGAAGAGGAAGAGGACGAAGAAUUAGUAACCGUUGUUCCAAAAUGGAAAGCUACCAAAAUCACUGAAUUGGCCCUGUGGACACCAACUCUCCCCAAAGAGCCGACCUCUACGGAUGGACCUGGCCAAGAGACUCCAGGAGCUGAGGGUGCAGGAGAACCUAGGGAGGAAGCCCAGGCUCUGCUGGAGGGCUUUGAGGGUGAGAUGGACAUGAGGCCUGGAGAUGAAGAUGCAGACAUCCUCCGGGAGGACAGCCAGGAGUAUGACCAGGAGCAGUUCCGCUAUGACAUGGACGAUGGAAACAUUAAUUCUGAAGAAGAAACUAGGCAGUCAGACCUCCAGGACUGAGAUGAAGUGAGCCGAGAGGAGAUCGUAUCAUAAGAAUGCUUCUGUCGUUAGCCUGGUGCGGUGCUGCGUGUAUCUAGUUCCAGCUACUUGAGAGGCUGAGGCAGGAGGAUUGCUUGAGUCUGGAAACUGGCAGUUGCAGUGAGCUGAGAUCGCACCACUGCACUCCAGCCUGGGUGACAGAGCAAGACCCUGUCUCAAAAAAUAAACAAAAACAAAAUGCUUCUGUCCGUUAACAAUCUUUAUUAGAGGGUUUUUAGUCUUUCUUUCUCAGCUGUGUGUUAAGUUGGUUGACAAUUGCAAAUAAACCUCUUUAUUAUCCUUUCUUUCUGAAA